AUGGCAGCCAGGCUGACAGCAGCGGGCGGGUCAGCAGCAGAAACCGGUGAAGGCAUCGGCGGCUCAAUGCGCGGUCAAGGAGACGCCGAGACGCCCGCCCACAUCCCAUCUCAUUUUUAUCUGUCGAACAACCGGACCCGUGAAGGCCGCAGAAUCGGGGGCGGCGGCUCAGCGACUCGUGGGCAUGCGCGGGUAGAAAAGGUAGCGAGCCAGUGUGGCGCGCCGGAGCCGCGGGGCAGCGACUUAAAGCAGAGGCAGUGCGGGUUGGUGGUGUGCGAGCAAGGCAGAAGCGGCCCAGAGUCCAACGGCAGCUCGACCACGGCGGAGUCGGAGCGCGGCCAGGGCGGCUUGACCGAAGCGAAACAAGACCAGGGCGACUUGGAGGUGAGCACGGUGGCAGUUCUGGCAAUGGCGGGUGACUCGCGGCACAGUCGGAGCCAGCAGGCGGAUGGCGGCCUGGAGCAGAACGAGGCGGGUCCACGGUGGCGGUUUAUCAUCAGCAGCGUGAUUCGACUUGGGGGCGCCGGGCGAAACGGUGUAGCGGUGCAACUUCUGCUAUGCUGUCUUUAG